UGUAACACUUACAUGGAUUGAACAGGUAAAGGUGCAGACAUAUGGUGCAGACAAAGGGUCUCCAUUAAUACUUCAUCAGUCUCAAACGGAGCACGGCGGAGGUCCUUGCUGAUGUAGUAUCUGGGUGAUGGGGCUGUCAAAGCGUGUGUCAUUGUGGUCGGUGGAGGAAGUGUUGGAGUGGAUGCAGGAUCAGCUUCCAACCUACAUGGACAAGCUCCAUAAAGCCAUAAUUAAACACGCGAUAUCAGGCCGUGUGUUGCUGAGAUUGAAGGAUCAUCACCUGGAGCUUCUUGGCGUGGAGGCCGAGGAGCAGCAGCAGGAAAUCUUGCAGGACCUCCUCCUACUCAGAGUUCAAGAGGAAAUCGAUGACCUCAAUGACAUCUGCGAGGAGUGUUUUUCCACAUAAAAGGAAAUAGAUACGUUCAGAAGAAAUGGGGGAUAAUUUUUGUUUUGAUUUCCCAUCCAUCCAUUCAUCCAUGUGAAGGAUGGAAAUAAGAAAAGAAGGUGAAGAGAAAGAGGAAUCAAUGAGAAAAGACGAGACAGAGAAACCCAUUUCCUGUGUGAAAUCUGACCGGCUGCAGAUGGAUGAGAUUAGUUUUUGUCUCGGCGUCUUUUUUCUGAUCCCUGCUGUCCAUUAGUCUCUGUCUUUGUUCUGUCUCCGUAGUGUAUCAUAUAGAAUAUAGCUGCACUUGCAGCAUGGCUUCAGGGAUGGCAGUUUGUUCUUUCACCUUUGUGGUCCAAAUUAUUAUUUCAACAGCUAAAUAAUGAAUAGUAAAGACAUUGUGUACAUGAGCAAACUCUGGUGAUGUCAUUUCUGAUUUUGAGUGACAAGCCUCGACUCCUCCUGGAUAACUGGCC